AUGGUUAAGUGUAAUCCAGAGUAUGGUAAAUAUCUUGGCUGUUGCUUGCAGUUUCGUGGAAAUGUCGAACCGACUGAGAUUAAUUUAGCUAUUAAAGCUAUGCGAGAAGAAAAUUCUUUUGAACUUGUGGAUUGGUGUCCGUCGGCUUUCAAAGUUGGUGUUAACUUACGAAAGCCAAGUUUUUUGCCUAAUUCAGAUUUGGCAGAACUGGAGCGUACAGCUUGUGUUCUGUCCAAUAAUACUAAUAUUGGGGAUUAUCUUACUCGUCUGAAUCAAAAAUACAAUAUAUUGGAAUCAAAGAAUGAUUUCGUGUGUUGGUUCAAAAUGCAGAACAUAGAGUUUGCAGAAUACAAGGAGGCUUAUGAUUUUUUAAAUCAACUAAUCAGUGAUUACGAAGAAGUGGACUUGGAUAUAUAUCAAGUGGAUUAG